AUGGCCGAUAACCAUGUCGUAGGCCAAGGUGUCGACCACAAGAAACACCAUUUCGAAGGUCUCUAUGGUGGAGUUGCUCUGGUUGUCGGCUGUGGUGACGGUAUUGGUCGAGCCAUCAUCGAGCACCUUGUGGAGGACCCAGGUAUAUCCACUGUAGUAGCAUCAAGGCGUAAUGGAUCCAAACUCGCAGGAAUUGUGGCUGAGUUGGGAAGCAGUAAGAUUCACGGAAUAAAAGCUGAUGCACGUCUCGAAGAAGAAGUCUUCAAACUCUUUGAAGAGACUGAGAGGAGGUUUGGGCCCAUAACGCUUUGCGUUCACAACAUAGGUGCCAAUGUGACUUUCUCUGUUGAGGAGACUACAGCUCGAGUAUAUCGCAAGGUUUGGGAGAUGGCACGUUUGAGUGCUUUCUAUACGGGUCGCGAAUGUUCUAGGAAGAUGGGCCUGCGAGGAAAGGGCACCUUGGUCGUCACAUCGGCAACGGCUUCAGUCAGAGGUCGAGCUGGUUACUCAGCUUUCUCCGGUGCACUACAUGCUAAGCGGGCGCUCGCGCAGAGUCUGGCUUGCGAGUUGGGACCUAAAGGGGUGCACGUAGCCCAUGUGGUAGUCGAUGGACCUGUCGACACUCCAUGGAUCAGAGCACAGCUAGCUUCCAAAGAAGGCCUUCCCAACUUGAUUUCACCGCGGACUAUUGCCGAGACCGUACUGUUCCUCCACAAGCAAAGCUCCGAUGGAUGGUCGAACGAAGUCGAUCUGCGAGGGGCAUCGAUGUCUCCAUGGUGGUCUUGAUUCUUUUUCAC